AUGGAAGACUUCCAAAGCCCUUUCAAACUCCCCACUGACGAAGAAGUUUUCAUCACAAGGGAAGCAGAACGCUUGCAAAAGCAAGAAGCCAAAGAAAAAGCUAAAAAUAUGACAAUCUGGGAAAAGCAAACUGCAUCUACCAAAACUCAACUGAAAAGACCUAAAGAUGCUGACUUCAACAUAAAGCCAAUCGAAGAAGGCCCAGUUCCUCAGUACAUGCGAAAUAAAGAAAAAAAUCUCAUAACUGCUGCAUUAGAAAUUGUAAACCAGCGAGGGAAAAUGCCCCAAAACCAAAAGACUGAAAAUACACGAGACUAUGUUGAGCAAAAGAAGGAAAUUUUCAGAGUAGAAAUGAAGUAUCGAAUACUAAAAGAAGAAAGAGAAAAAAUCAAAAAAAGGAUUUCUAAUAAAGAACAAGCUUUAAAAAGAAGUGAAGAGCUGCUAGAUCAAGACCAAAAAAAGUUCACAGACCAUAUGGAAAAGAAUAAACUCUUAAAAGAAGAAGCCAUUGCACAGGCUAAUGCAGAAGCACUGGCAAAAAAAGAAAAAGAUGGAGAAAUCAAGCAGCUUGAACAGAGAAAAGCUGGAAUUUCAGCUGAAAUUAGUAGAAAUGAAGAGUAUUUAGAGGUUUUGAAGAAGCAUAAAGAGUUUGUAGAGCAGCUGACACCUCCAGAGUGGCUUGAAGCAAGGCAGAAAAUACUAACUCCCCCCCUCCGUGAGUGAACAAAACCAUUAGAAAAAUCGCUAUUUUUUUGCCCAAAAACCCACCCUCCGUGAGUGAACAAAAAUUUUUUUAAUACAAAAAUUUUUUAUGGAAAAAAAAUUUGAUAUAUAAAUGAUAAUUAGUACAAUGAAAUCUAGAGCUAAUUCUGUUUUAAUUUUAAACGAAUUGCUUUUUAAAACAUAAAUUUUGCAAAUUGAAUUAAUAUUUGUUUUCCAAUUUUUGCGAAUUAGGAUUUUUUUAAAUUUCGAAAAAAAAAAAUUUUUUAUAAAAUUUAUAUAUAAAUUUUUUUAAAAAAAAAAAAAUUAACCCCCCUCCGUGAGUGAACAAAAUUUUUUUGUUCACUCACGGAGGGGGGGGAGUAGGGAAAAAUAUGAAGUCGUCAAAAAGAACUGAAUUUUAAAACAAAACGCAGACGAUUUGGAAUCUUUAGCUGACGGAGAAGUAGAAAGCCAACAAAGUCAAGGCUCAUUUAGAAAGAAAACUAAUAAAAGACAAGCAGCUUUAGAAGCUAAGUUUGACGAAAUGGUAUCAAAAGGCUUGAUUGAUGUAUUCACUGAAGAAGACGAACAAAUGUAUUUUACGAACCCAGACGAACUGACUGCUAUUCUUAAAGAAUUAGAAGACAAAAAUCUCUUUUUAAUUGAGUUAAUUCAAGUUAUGGAUCACCAAUUAGAAGUAACCAAGUCUGAAUAUGAUGACCUGAAAAAGAAAAAUGACGACAAGUUUGACGACUCCAAGCGAAAUAAAGAGCACUUUGGGUUACAGCUUAAAACAAUGGAAACCAAAAUUUCGCAAAUAAAUAAACGAAAAUCUAAUAUUGAAAAUAAAAAAGAAACCACACGCGCAGUCCAGAUCCUGAAAAAUGAAAUUUCAAAGUGCUUUACUUCUUUAGGGCACGAUGAGGACUCUGCAAGACUUCCUAUUGAGAUGCUGAAAAUAAUAGAAGAGUCUAUUCAUGGCCUGUUAAGAAAACUAAGCUUUUUGAGGUCGAUUGAUCCUAAACAUGUAGAAGACUUAGAAGGCCAAAAAGAAAAAAUAAGAAGAGACUAUGGCAGAGACCUAAAAGCAGAGCUAGAAGAAAAGAAGAUCCAAGAGCGCAUCACUUUGGCCCAAAAAAGAGUAGAAGGCCCAAGCUUUAGAAAGUAAUUUUUACUUACUCCCCCCCCCCCCUCCGUGAGCGAACAAAAAAAUUUUGUUCGCUCACGGAGGGGGGUUAAUUUUUUUUUUUAAAAAAAAUUUAUAUAUAAAUUUUAUAAAAAAUAUUUUUUUCGAAAUUUAAAAAAAUCCUAAUUUUGCAAAAAUUGGGAAGCAAAUAUUAAUUUAAUUUGCAAAAUUUAUGUUUUAAAACGCAAUUUGUUUAAAAUUAAACAGAAUUAGCUCUAGAUUUCAUUAUACUAAUUAUCACUUAUAUAUCAAAAUUUUUUUCCAUUAAAAUUUUUUCUAUUAAAAAAAUUUUUGUUCACUCACGGAGGGUGGGUUUUUGGUCAAAAAAUGGCGAUUUUUCUAAUGGUUUUGUUCGCUCACGGAGGGGGGGGGGGGGAGUUAGAAUUGGGAGACCUCCUAUGAAUAAAGUCCUAUUUCAGAAGAAAAGAGUGGAAAAAGAAGUUAAACAUGUCCAGAAAUCUGAAGAAGAGCUUAUUAGAGAUUUCAUUGAAGAAACAACUUCAUAA